UGGGGGCUGCGAGCCGCGCCGAGGACCAGCCCAGCGCAGCCGCCGCCGCGGGGCGCGGAGCCCGAACGCCGCCGCUCGCUGCGCGCGGGCGCCGGGCAUGGGGAGCGCGCUGUGAGCCCGCACCCUGGGAGGACGCGGGAGCUGCGGGGACCGGCGCGAGGAGGAGGCGGAGGAGGCGGAGAGGAGCCGAGGGGCCGUGCCUUGCCAGGACCCGAGGGAGGGAGAGGAGGGGGUGAGGGAAAAGUGAAGCUGGGAGGAGAAGGCGGCGGAAGGUGGGGAUUGAUGCUUCUGUUUUUUGUUGCCGCUGCUGCCCUCGCGCUGGGAGCCGAGCCGGAGGGAAGGCGGUGGAGAGAUGAUUGCAGAGUUGGUGAGCAGCGCGCUGGGGCUCGCCUUGUAUCUCAACACCCUGAGUGCGGAUUUCUGCUACGAUGACAGCCGCGCUAUCAAGACUAAUCAGGACCUUCUCCCAGAAACUCCAUGGACUCACAUUUUCUACAAUGAUUUUUGGGGGACUCUUCUAACCCACAGUGGCAGCCACAAGUCGUACCGGCCACUCUGCACUCUGUCCUUUCGUCUGAACCAUGCCAUUGGAGGGUUGAACCCCUGGAGCUACCAUCUUGUCAAUGUCCUGUUGCAUGCGGCUGUCACUGGCCUCUUCACAAGCUUCUCCAAGAUCCUCCUUGGUGAUGGAUACUGGACCUUCAUGGCUGGCUUGAUGUUCGCCUCGCACCCCAUUCACACAGAGGCAGUGGCAGGAAUCGUGGGACGGGCCGAUGUAGGGGCCAGUCUGUUCUUUCUCCUCUCCUUGUUGUGCUACACUAAACACUGUUCGACAAGAGGCUACUCAGCCAGGACCUGGGGCUGGUUCCUGGGGACAGGACUGUGUGCAGGAUGCAGCAUGUUGUGGAAGGAACAAGGAGUGACUGUUCUGGCCGUCUCGGCGGUUUAUGAUGUCUUUGUCUUUCACAGGCUGAAAAUGAAACAGAUCUUGCCUACCAUUUACAAAGCAGAGUGGACAGUGAGAGAGAGAGACAGAGAGAAAGGUCUUCCUUUGCCGUUGGUUCACCCUCCAAUGGCCGCCGCGGCCGGCGCGCUGCGGCCGGCACACCGCGCUGAUCCGAUGGCAGGAGCCAGGAGCCAGAGGAAGAACUUGUCUCUUUGCCUCAGCAUUAGCUUGUUAACGUUUUGGGGGACCUCCCUGUUGGGUGCCCGGCUAUACUGGAUGGGAAACAAACCACCGAGCUUUUCUAACUCGGACAACCCUGCCGCCGAUUCCGAGAGCCUCCUGGCUCGCACGCUUACCUUCUUCUACUUGCCAACCAAGAAUCUCUGGUUGUUGCUGUGUCCGGAUACCCUGAGCUUUGAUUGGUCGAUGGAUGCUGUGCCUCUGCUCAAAACAACUUGUGAUUGGAGAAAUCUACACACAGUGGCCUUCUAUACUGGACUCCUCAUCCUGGCCUACUAUGGAUUGAAGAGCCCAAGCGUGGAAAGAGAAUGCAAUGGGAAAGCUGUAACAAAUGGCAGGCAGAAUGCAAAUGGACAUAGCUGCCAUUCAGACACGGAGUACCGGAACUCAGAGCUUAAGCCCAGCUUUGCAUCCAAAGUAGAAAAUGGCAUUAAAAAUAAUGCAUCUCAGAGAACACAACUUCCUUCCACGGAGAACAUUGUUGUCCUGUCUUUAUCUUUGUUAAUAAUACCCUUUGUUCCUGCCACGAACUUGUUUUUCUAUGUCGGCUUUGUAAUUGCAGAGCGAGUAUUAUAUAUUCCUAGUAUGGGCUUCUGCCUCCUGAUUACAGUGGGUGCCAGAGCCCUUUAUGUCAAAGUCCAAAAGCGGUUUCUCAAGAGCUUGAUUUUUUAUGCAACAGCUAUGUUAAUUGUUUUCUAUGGACUCAAGACUGCGAUCAGGAAUGGAGACUGGCAGAACGAGGAAAUGCUGUAUAGGUCAGGGAUAAAAGUCAACCCAGCUAAAGCAUGGGGUAACCUUGGAAAUGUUCUGAAGAGUCAGAGCAAAAUUUCUGAAGCUGAAAGCGCCUAUAGAAAUGCUUUGUACUACCGCAGCAACAUGGCUGACAUGCUUUAUAAUUUAGGGUUACUACUACAGGAGAACAGCAGAUUUGCAGAAGCCCUGCAUUAUUACAAAUUGGCCAUUGGGAGCAGGCCCACCCUGGCUUCUGCCUAUUUAAACACGGGCAUUAUUCUAAUGAACCAAGGGAAGACAGAAGAAGCCCGGCGCACGUUCUUCAAGUGUUCUGAGAUCCCAGACGAAAACCUGAAGGACCCCCAUGCACACAAGAGCUCUGUGACCAGCUGUCUGUACAACCUGGGCAAGCUCUAUCAUGAGCAGGGACGCUAUGAGGAGGCCCUGAGUGUAUACAAGGAGGCUAUUCAGAAAAUGCCAAGACAGUUUGCCCCUCAGAGCUUAUACAACAUGAUGGGUGAAGCAUACAUGCGACUUAGCAAGCUCCCCGAAGCAGAGCAUUGGUACAUGGAGUCCCUGAGGUCCAAGACUGACCACAUCCCCGCACAUCUGACUUAUGGCAAACUGCUGGCUCUAACAGGUCGUAAGAGUGAGGCUGAAAAGUUCUUCUUGAAGGCUAUUGAGCUGGAUCCCACCAAAGGAAACUGCUACAUGCAUUAUGGUCAGUUUCUUCUGGAAGAAGCCCGCCUUGUAGAAGCAGCAGAGAUGGCAAAAAAAGCAGCGGAACUGGAUAGUACAGAGUUUGACGUUGUCUUCAAUGCUGCUCAUAUGCUCAGACAGGCUAGCCUCAAUGAAGCGGCUGAAAAGUAUUAUGAUCUGGCAGCCAGACUGCGGCCUAACUAUCCGGCUGCGUUAAUGAACCUGGGAGCCAUUCUGCACCUCAACGGCAGGCUCCAGAAGGCGGAAGCCAACUACCUUCGCGCCCUGCAGCUCAAGCCUGACGACGUCAUCACGCAGUCCAAUCUGCGGAAACUGUGGAACAUCAUGGAAAAGCAAGGCUUAAAGACCUCCAAGACCUGACACGGGAGGACAGAACCUCGUCCUCCUCCAGUUGACAAAGCAGACUUCCUUGCCGGACAGGACUUCCCAGCAGUGCUAUGACAGGCGCAGGGCAGAGGUCACUGAGGUCACUGCCACUGCUGGGAGAUCCACCUUGUUUUUGGCAUGGCCAUGAACACCAAAAAGGGGAACGUUGGAAACCUCCUGGAGGAUGGAAUUGUUAUCCAUAGACUGUAAACCAGAGCACUUAAAACAGGGAUCUUUGGGGAUUCUUACAAGGGGAGGGUGUCUAAACUAUAGACUUCAUUCAUUUUGGAAAGCUAAUUUCAAAAUUAUAGUAUUCCUUAAACACUGUGAGAGGAAGUCAGAGUGUGUGUUCAGCCACGGUAAACUAUCAGAGGUUAAGUGCUAAUAGGGAGUGACGUAAGCGUAGUGUGAAAUCCCAGUGAGCCGCUGGUUGUCCUAACGCUGCUGUCUUACCCCUUUGGGACAGCCUGCUUAGCAGUUUUGGAGCCUAAAUGUGCAGUUGUUCCUCAGCCAGUGCUCGUAGCAUCUUAAUGAUGUGGAUGUCACUGGCUCUCCUUUGUACAUCACUUGCUUUUCAUGUUCUGAAAAGGACUUGGAGAAGAGUGCUGGGGAGGCCUGAUGUGUGUCAGGCAGGUGUUCUUGACUUUAAUGCUGUCAGUAUGUUCCCCUAAAUGCCUAGUAGAAUUCAUUGUGUUAAGUGUUUGAAAAGUACCUUUCAGAAUGCUUAUUCCUGGUUAAUGUGUGUACGUACAAGAGGAUAAAAGGAAAGGGACAUUCAUAAGUGUUCUAGUUCCAGUCACCAACAGCUUUUAGACAAAUGUGUGCUUCGCAGAGGUUGCUGGUUAAAAAGUCAAGUCUAUACAAAGGAGUGUGUGAGGAUGGGUGCCAAUUUGUGUUUGGAAAAUGCUAAUCACUUUCUCCUAGGUACCGAAACAGCAAUGCUGAUAAAUUUUCAAGGAAUGAUAUGUAUCUUACUUUGCUCAUCCCAAAAGACAUAAAAAAAUGAGUUAUUUUAAACUGCAGUAGAGUGUCACAUUAGCCUGCAUGUGUCAGGUCCUAUGCCACGUGCUGUUCUCAGUGCAAACCAUUUUUCACUAGCAAAUCUGGUGUUUUAUUUCGUUUCCUGUUAGUAACCCCUUCAAUGAUCAUUUCACGAGUAAAAUAGCAUAAAUGAAGUAGAGAAAAACAUUUACUGAGCACGUUUUGGCUUAUAGUCAAACUUUGUGACUAAAAAUUAACUUCAUAAAACAGUUCAUUAUCAGCUUCUUUGUAGAGAAAGUAGCUAUACUGUAUCUUACAUAUUUAUUUAUUAUUUAUUAUUCUACCAUAGCAGAGUAACAAAAACUUUGAUACACUAAGCCGGUUCUUUGAAACUGAAAAUAAGCUUUUCUCCUACUUAUUCACACUCCAUGUACAUAUGAUUAGCGUUUCCAUUAAAAGGAAGCUGGACAUGCAAAUACAUCAUACUAUGUGUUCUCCAUAUUUUAUGUGUUUGUUAUGUAUCUGCAUACAGUGGGAUAAAGAAAUUAAAGUAGUGUUCCUAUGGCAUUAGUGUUGUUGUGAGAAGGGCAAAUGUAGUAACAGAUUUUUUUGAAGACAUUAAUAAGGAGGCCCUCUUAUAAUAUGUAUAUUAUUUUGUAAGCCUUUCAUUGCAGGGCCAGAAGUUAAAUUAUAACUUAAUCACUGUGUUUUCAGAAUAUUUAACAUUUAACAACAAACCCAUUGUCAAACCAAAAUAGUGGGUUGAAGUAUAUUUUCAUCUUCUAGUACAUUGGCAACUGCAAAAGCGGGGAGGGGAGGGCGUUAAUAUAAGGCUAUAAAGAUAAAUUCAAUGUCUAACAUUUUUAUUUAUUUAAAUAGUUUUUGACUUAUAAUGACUCCCUCGUUUUAACAUCUUAAGUCUUUUUAUUGUUACUGUUCUUCUUUCCAGCACUUGGUUCUUAGUAGAUUCGCUGAAUGCACAGUAGAGGCACUUCAUGUUGACCCAGUUCCCAAGUAGCAUUAACAAUUGGGCCUGUGUCACCAAAUGCAUGGAUCUUCAAUAACUAAAUGUCCCUGACACUUCACUACAGGGCUGGACUUAGUAACUGACCAACUCGGGGGGAGGGGGGAGUAAGGGAGGGCGUUAGAACAUGAUCAAAAAUGUCUCCGCUCAGGGAUUUAUGGUGGAUUAUUGCAGACAGUGCUAAAAAUAUAGAGCACAAGACAAGUUUACUAAAUUAAAAUUUUAUUUUUUGAGAAACUGUUAUUUGUAUAAAUUAUCAAGAUUUGUAGGCUUUCCUUUUGUAGAAAUAAUUGUUUUAUGUGCCAGAGAAUUUCAAUUUUGUUUUCAACAAUAAAGCAUUGAUAACAAAUA